AUGCAAAGACCAGCAGUGUUAGCUGAAGAAGAAGAAGUUGUGAUUAUUGAUGAAGAAGACGGUAGAAAAGAUGUUGUAGAUGCUCAAAAUGAUGUUGAUACAUCUAUUACAGACCGUAUCACUCACAACAUCUUACUUCAUCAUCAAAGACUCUAUCUUGAACACAUGCAAACAAUUUCUGACAUUGAUGUGUCUGAGAUAAAUGAUAUGACUCGUUGUGUUAAAGAAUUGCUAGAUAUAAUAGAUAAUAUUAGAAAUACAAAUAGAAAUAAAAAAGCGGUCACUCGUUCCUUUGAAUCUUUUUGUCUCAAAUUUGAACUGGCAGAAAAUAAGGCGUUCCUUGAGAAGACUGCAACAAUAAUCCCAAGCAAUGAGAAACCAUUCAGAUUUCCUGAUCUUGUUGGGUUUUUGGAUGAGUGUCUGUUUAACUUGCAGCAUACACUGUCAUGGAAAAAGCCAGAAUCCUUUGGUCAUAAGUGCACAUACUUUGUAAACACUCUUAGGGUAUGCAACCAUCAAAAGAAGAUUUGUUAUCUCUCUUGCAGAUACUUCGGAAGCAUGAACAAUGCCAGGGUGUUUGAAGAAUCGACCAUGGGUAGCAACCCCAAUAACUUCUUCUCUGGUGACCACUUUUUGAUCAACCAGACAGAUGACAUGAUGACAAUGACAAUGAAGAUUUCAUGGGAGAAAAGAGAAAAAGAAGAGAUCAAAAGGAUCAGCAGAGAAGGUGUGACUGGCACUGUAAAUAAAUAUCCAGCAAUGUCAUUUUCAGAUGAGAAUGCUAAGCUCAAACAUAUCUAUAUCAAAGAAGAGAUACUCAUAAAAAACGGAGAUGGGAACCUUCUAAAAAAAAAUAAAAAAUAA